GGUUCGAUCGUCCGGCAGCUCAUAUCAGAUUUCGAGGACAUUGAGGAGGUCAACAAGCAAUUAGAGCAGAUGGGCUACAAUAUGGGUAUCCGCCUUGUGGAUGAGUUCCUAGCCAAGGCCAAGAUCACUCGCUGCUCGUCCUUCCGGGACACUGCCGAGGUGGUUGCCAAGCAGGCUCUCCCCAUGUUCCUGAACGUCAGUGCCAGUGUGGCCAACUGGAGCCCGGAUCAAACCGAGUGUAGUCUGAUUCUGACGGACAAUCCCCUGGCUGACUUCGUGGAGCUGCCGGAGGAGUACCGGGACCUUAAGUACUGCAAUGUGCUGGCAGGGGUGGUGCGGGGGGCCUUGGAGAUGGUAAAUAUGGAUGUGGAGUGUCGCUGGUUGUCUGACAUGCUCAAGGGUGACGACUGCUACGAGCUGCGUGUGAAACUCAAGGAGCACCGAGAUGAGAAGUUUCCGUAUAAAGAUGAUGAUUGACGGGUUCUUGCAAUUGUACGACCAUAUGAAGUGCGAGGGAUACAUCGUUUUCUGUAGGUCUUGACUGCAAUCCGCACGGGGCCCUCUCUCCACCUAUGUGCUGUCUGCCCAUAUGUAUGUAUGUAUGUAUGUCACAACUCUUGUAGGGAGGGUAAGAUGUGAGGGGAUGUAGGGAUACGUAGAGAUUGGACGGAGACCCGCGCUCCGUCUGGUACGAGCUCGCCCUUCAAAAAGUGAACGCACACCCAUAAAUGGGGUAGAAGUGGAACCUUACCGAUGUGUUUCCAAAACGCCACCGUCCCCCACUACGCCACAAGGUUCCCCUCCAUCGGUGACUGCGGCCCUUCGGUGCACCCGAACAUGUGUGUUGGUGGCUGGCAAGGGACGCUGGUGACGUGAAGAGACGCCUCGCGGCUGUGUGCAGGCGAAGGUUGAGUGGAUGAUGAUCGCUCAAGACGUUCAACUCACCCCACAAAUUCAGGACUUAAAGGGUGUCUAGAUGCUCGAGGAUGCAAUACAUAGGUUCAUAGAACUACGACACUAAACAGAGUUAGAAAACGUAUGGGCUCCAUACCUGUCUCCGGGCACCCGCCCAUUGACAAUUGCGGUACCAGUGUCAUAGCACAUCUGUGCCAACCGCCGCCCGCAAGAAUUGAUGCCGGCAUCUCUAUUCGCGCACGUGAUGCCUAGGAGGGGAUGCGCCUCUGCACUGAACGUUUCGGGCAGAUCUGGAGUAGUCGCUGUACGGGCAUUAAAAUCACCCGCAAGU